CCUCCGGCCACGUCACACAAUACGACAUGAAGGGGCUGCGCUGUCACGUGUGCAACAAGCAUGGGUCCUCUCGCUACAAAGGGUUCCAAACAGCUUGCACCGACCCAGGAGGCGUUUGAGCGAGAGAGAAAACGAGUCGAGAUCGAAAAAAGGAAAGCAGAGGACGCAGUGGCGGCAAGAGAUGCCGCCGAGGAAAGUGGGCGGAAGGCAUUCGAGGCAAACGAGAAGCUACAAAAGGAGCUGGAGACAGUGAAGGCUGGCAUCGCACGUGCUUUGACGGAGAAUGGACAGUACAUAUCCAAGCCCCGGAGAGUGACGUUGCCACGCCGCUGCAGGGAGAAAGCUCAAGAGCCGGAUCAACCGAAAGAAAUGGCAGCCCUACACUUUCGGUCCAUGCAUGAUGAGGUGCCGUUUGUGUGGCUGAAGGAGCAUUUUGAAGUAGAGGAGAAGCCAAGCCAGAUUGAAGGCCACGGGGCGUUUCUCAAGCGUGGCGCGAGCAAAGGCACAACAGUGCAUACCUCGGUUUUGCCUAGCUCCGAAUUCAGCGAUGAUUUUACGAUCGAACAGUACGACUGCUGCUAUCAUGUGAUGCAUGGUGACAAGAACGGGGUGGUGUACAUCGACCCAGGUGCCCUUUUCCGAGGCAACCUGAUGGGGUGCCUGGAGGACAUGGGAAGUAGGGUGAUUCGACUUUUGAACCACAGCAGCUCGCCUAAUGCCGAGCUAUGUUUCGGCGGAGCGGCCCCUCCUGACUGGUAUGAACCAACGCGAGCCGGACAGGCAGCAGUGAUUACAAGCUGGUACACGUGCUCACUCGUGACCCGUCGACGCGUAGAAGCAGGGGAAGAACUUACGAUUUGCUAUGCCAAGUUUCCGCCCGCGUGGGACAAGGGUAAGCAGGAUAGGAGAAGUAAGAGGAAGCGGUAGACUACGGCAUCGGCACGGAGUGUGAAACGUGGGAAGUAGCGUAGCUUGAUAGGGGGUGUUGGACGCGACAUAAACGACUGUAUGCUGCUGGUGCAGGCGGUGCCGGCGGUACCGGCUCUCUGUGUGGGGGCGGGUGAGGGGGCGGAUAGGUCUUUCCUACUGCCAGAAAAGCGCUUGUAGGGGACGUUGGUCUGCUUCGAAACCAGUGCCAGCAACCGUUUCAGGACUUUUUCGGGUGGGACAAGUGGUAGAACAGCUAUUUCAAGCGCUGCCAAACGGAGGUCCUCAGUGGGCACCAAUGGCUUCGUUAACGAUUUUUUGAUGUAACAAGACCUACCUUCAACCUCUACGACGACCCUGAGCGAAUCGUCCAAUAUCCCGGGUCUUUUUGAUCAUAUCAGUGGAAUUCUCCAUUUUUCUGGUUUCAGUAAAGUAAUACGUGACCUUCCCUUCGAUUGGAUGGCCUUCAUACUCCGUCUGAUGGAAACAUGAUUUCCAUUUUCAGAGCACGUAGAAUGGAUUGGAAAUGGGGCUUGGAACAUGGAGCGCUCGGUUCAUUUUGUCGAGCCUCCGCUUUGCUGAAAAUUCCGUGCCACGAUGGUUGCACGGCGCAAAAUGUAACUCACGGGUGGCUCCCCGAAGGUCAAAGUCAUGCAAGAGAGUAUGA